GCACACAUUUCUUGCUCUUUGCUUCCAAGCUCAUCCUCAUCAACCUCGAUCACCCCAGCUUUGCGCCUUCAUUCGAAUACAAUAGGGUUCAGUCUCUCACUCUCCGGGCUCUAUCCUUCUCUCCGGUCCUCGGGGAUAGGGAAGCAACGAUGGCUACCGAGAAAGAAGCACAGGGUGGUUUGGAAUGGCGGGUAAGUGUCCCUGAAGGAUCCGCGGCGGAAAUGGAGUUGGAAUCCAAAUGGAUUCACAGGGCACGAACUUGGUUGAUCCAGCUUGUGAUGACGGUGGUAUCGAAGGUGACGAGCUUCGGGAAGAAAGCUGGGAAGAUCGGAGCUGAUGAUCCUCGCAAGGUCAUCCAUGGUGUCAAAGUCGGGAUCGCACUAACGUUGGUCUCACUCUUCUACUACACCAGGCCAUUGUACGACGGCGUUGGAGGAUGCGCUCUGUGGGCAGUGAUGACAGUGGUGGUGGUCUUUGAAUUCACCGUUGGUGGCUGCUUGUACAAAGGAAUUAACAGAGCUGUAGCAACAUCGACAGCCGGCACUCUUGCGGUGGGCAUCCAUUGGAUUGCAAGUAAAUCCGGAGAAAAAGUGGAGCCUAUUAUUCUGAGUUCUUCCGUCUUUCUCCUAGCUUCGGCUGCUACGUUCUCUCGAUUCAUACCCAACAUAAAAGCACGGUUCGACUACGGGAUCACCAUAUUUAUCCUCACCUUCAGCUUGGUGGCUGUAUCUGGAUAUCGUGUGGAUGAACUGCUCCGAUUGGCACAGGUGCGUAUCUGCACCAUCGCCAUCGGUAUCGCCAUAUGUCUCGUUGUUUGCGUUCUUGUUCGUCCCGUGUGGGCUGGCCAAGAGCUUCACCUCCUGGUUUCCCGUAACAUGGAUAAGCUCGCUGAUUCAUUAGAGGGUUUAGUGGAAGACUACUUCAUGAAGGAUAAGAAGGUUGAAGGAGAGGUGUCGUACUCUCAAAGGUCACAGGGAUAUAAGAACGUCCUGAAUUCCAAAGCAUCUGAAGAUUCACAGGCCAAUCUUGCAAGAUGGGAACCUGGGCAUGGCAAAUUUGGCUUCAAGCAUCCAUGGAGCCAAUACCUCAAAGUUGGAGCCGCCAUGCGGUACUGUGCCUACUGCAUGGAAGCCCUCAAUGGUUGCAUCAACUCAGAGAUCCAGGCACCAGAGCACAUGAAGCGUCAUCUACGUGAUGUCUGCAUGAGGUUGAGUUUGGGUUCAUCGAAGGUCUUGAAGGAGAUAUCGAGCUCCGUCAAGUCGAUGAAGGAGUCGCGAAGCAUUCAAGUUUUAGUAGGAGAGAUGAAUGAUGCAGUGGAGGAGCUCCAAGUUGCCUUGCGAUCACUUCCCAAACAAUUAACACAGUCACCAGCAGCAGCAGCAGCAGAAGCAGCAACUAUAGAGAAGAGGCAUUGUGUUCCAGCAACGACGAUUUCGUUAAUGGAAGUCAUGCCUCUCUUCACAGCAGCAUCGUUACUGAUAGAGGUGUCAGAGAGGGUCGGAGGAGUCGUCGAUGCCGUGGGCACGUUAGCCACACUUGCGUGCUUUGAGCCCAUCGACCACAAGAAGCCUUCUUCAUCUGUAGUUCCUCGAGAUGAAGAAUCCGUGAAGCCGUCUCAAGAGGUAUAGUAGCAGCAAUCUAAAGGACAACAAGAGGAGAAAAUGCUUGAUGCUUAAUUACAUGGCAUGGAGAUGGAUCAAUAAAGUUCAUAGAAUUAAUUAUAUUGCCCAUAGUUCAGAGAAAAUAAAGGUCAAGUUGGUCAGGCUGCACAAUGACCUUAAUUUUUUUUCUUUUUCUGAUGGAAUAAUAUACUCAGCACUUGAGGUGCAGAUUUUUUUUUAGUUGCAUGCUGGAAAGGUUAUUGCAGUAUAACGUGCAAAGCACUUGGUAAAGUAAAGGAACAAGUUGGCAGCUUCACUGUAGCAAUAAAACAUGCAAAUAAAUCAGC